UAAAUUCUAACAAGUAUCCAGCCGUUUUACUGCUUGGACCCCCAAACAAUUAAGAGAACAACGAUGAAACAGCUGACCAUAGGUUCCUCAUUACUGACAGCGAGGAGGUUCAAAGGUGUCAUAGGUUUCCAUCUUUGUGUCAGAGCUAAAUAAAGAACGAUGCCUGCCUUUCCUGUGAAAUCUGUGACAUAUUCCGAGUGCGUCACUAACGUUCUUUUUUUGGUACUCAGCCGGGACACAGUAACUAUUUGACGUUCUGGCAAUACGCCCUCGGUGUAUUUCAGUGGCGCGCAAUGUCUCGGCUUUCUCUUCUCAUCUGGUUCAUCGCACUGAUUGCUAACGCAGGAGCAGUGGUUUUGCAGAACCCCCUAUCAUUGCGAGUUGCCGUGGGCACCAGUGUCAAACUGCACUGUGACAUCAGCGGAGCGAUGGGCCGAUGUGCGUUUGUGUGGUGGCUGCUGGUGCAGCCCAGAACUGGGCUCACAAUCUACCGCAACACAAAUGCAAAAGUCAUCACUGUCACUGGGAACUCAGAGACUGCAGAUAAAGCCUGCAUCCUGAUCAUACCCAGCACCAAGACCUCAGACACUGGCACCUACUACUGUGCUGUCAGCGAUUCACGCACAGUGCAUUAUGGGAAUGGGACAACGCUUGUCGUCACGGAGCGAGUAGUCAAAGAUAUCACAAUGGAGAUCCUGGUGCCUGGGACCCAGCCUCUGGACCCCUCUGCCCCUGUAACUGUGAUGUGCGUGGUGUCCGGGGUGGACCCCAGUAAGGCCAGGGUGCACUGGCAGGUGGAGGGGAAGGUGGAGCAUGCAGAGUUGCCCCCGGCCAAUGCGCUGGCCUCAGACUCUGUGAGAACCUGGCUGUCCGUGCCAGGGCCCUCCUGGGCCAGCGGGGCACCGGUCACCUGCGUCCUGGAGACCGCCAAGGGGCUGAAUCUGAACAGAACCGUCAGCAGGACAGGAAUAUGGACUCUGAACCCCUGCAUGUAUCUGCUGGCAGCUAUGGGUGGAGCCUCUUUCCUCGUCCUCGUUACCAGUGUUCUGACUGUUUGUGUCAUCUGGCAGAAACGCAGCCGACUGACAAAGUCUCACCCCAGGUCCAAAUCUGGUAUAAACUGGUCAAGACCGCCACAACAGGUUUUAGAACAAGUGCAGUACACUAGUCUGAGGUUUGGAGGCACAAGAAGGGAGGCCGUUUCCCACUUCUGAAACGGUGUGUGUGUGUGUGUGUGUGUACGUGUGUGUGUGUGCCCUGCCGUACACAGGACCAGGGCUGUACAUUUGCUCGUCAUCCUGAAGGCAUCCUCUGUGUGAUGUAGGUGUCACUUUCUAAGGGGAAGCCACCUCUGCUUUGAGAUAUAAUCUCAUCUUCUAUGAUUUAUCAUCAACUUUAUGUUGCUAUAUAUGAACUGUUUUUGUUUCCACACAUUUAUGUGAAUUUAUGCGACCAUCAAAUGUAUUUAUUUACAUAAUAUUGUGCUAGCAUAAGAUGUAUAAGUAUAGCUGAAGAGUAAUAUUACCACUGAUGCUGUUUCAUUUUUAAAUUCCUUAAAAACUUAAUUCAUUUUCUGGAAUGUUUUCUCGACCGGAGUAUCUAUUGCAUAUGCUAUUUCAGUACCUCUCCAAUAGAUGGCACUAUAGUUUUUCCCAUGAGAGUGGUCUAACAGUGCUCCAUACAGAACUUUUAUGUAUAUAAACCCACCCUCUAUUUACCUCUGAAACUAGCCUCGGAAAAAUAUACAGUAUGUGAUAUUUUGAAAUGUAAAUAAUUUUGAUUACCAAUAUGUACAAUAAUGAGUAUGGAGUCUUUCAUGACAUAGACAUGUAAGUUUUUUUUUUUUUUUUGCUUGUCUACAAUAUAUGAUACUUUUAACACUGGAUCAGUGCAGUAUCCAUUCAGAAACCAUGUAUGUAUUACCCCACUGCACAAGGCUACCACUCAGACCAUGAAAAAUAAUGGGCAAUGUUGAAUUCACAUAGAAUAGUAAUAACAGAUACACAAUCACAGGAAAUAAAACAAAUUAUAUUCAGCAGCCAGUUUACAUGAUAAUUGAGUUGGCAAACUCUUCCCGAUUAACUCACAAGCUGCUCCUGAGGUUUCUAAUCCUAUGGUUUUAUUGACCCUCAGUCUCUACUGGUGCAGAGGUGGGGCUAAAAUUAGGAAUGCUCACUACAGUGUCCAUUGCUGUAGAGAGGAUCCCCAGUUGUCAUGUCACAAGCCAAGUAGGGUGGUCAGGUUUAUGUUGUCGAAUAAAUGCAAGGUACAGUUGCUUCCCAGCUACGUUAUAUGAAUUAAUCUCAGGAUUUAUUCAAACCUUUAUGAAGUGGAAGUCUUUAUGCAAUCGUCACAUGUUCAAACCACUUCAUUCUCUUGACAUGUUUUCUGUUUCUAAUAUAAAUAUUCUCUUUUAGUAAUUAAAUAAAAUUAUGCACUUCUCUCAUGUAAGGCGUUUGUGUAUGAUUUUUUUCCAGAACAGUAAAAGAGCCUUUUCUUACGGUGUUCUCUCCAUGAAAUU